UUUCGAACGUGUUUCAAACCAGCAUAGUCCGUUUCGGUGGAAUCGGUUACAUUGCCGGCUUCACCACAAGAGCAAGGACGCACACGACACUCGAGCCACAACGGCGGCUACGAGCACCUGCCAUCACCUUCGUCCAUGAGUGAUGCUGCCCCACCAAGCGGAGACGCCGAUGGGUCGGCCGUGACAAACUCGAACAGCGCGGCCUUGCACGUGAUCGACCAAUACGUGGAAGACGGGGUGCUCACGGCCGCGGCCGCGGCGAUUCACAAAGAACGGUACUCCAAGUUGUCGUCGUUCGUGCUGGAGACGUAUAAGCGGGAAAAGGAGUUGCUGAAGAAGGCUAAGCAACUGAACGGGGAACUCUUAUCCGAGAAAAUCCGUCUCGAGAAGCAGAGCAUCCGCAAGAGCGAAGAGUUGGCGAUGAACACCAACUUGGAGAAAGAAAAGGACAAAGCGUCUAAGGAGCUGGCCGACUGCGUGGACCGGGAGACCAUUCUCACGUACGAGAUCACCGAGCUCCAGCGAGAACAUGCCGAGUUGUUGGCGCGCAAAGAAGCUAUGCUGCGGGAAAAUGCGCGGCAGGUCGAGCCCGAGGUGCGCAAGAUCACAGACGACAUCGCGCGUUUAGCCGACGAGGCCACGCGCACCGAGAGCGAUAUUCACAAGGAGGAGCGGCGGAAGGGCGAGAUGCUCGCGCGGUGCGAUGUCCUCCGCGUGUCCAACGACGGGCUCGACGUGGCUCGCGCCGCCGAGAAGAAGGUGCUCGCUAAGCUGAAAGGCGACCCCGAACGCAUCAGUAAACAGGCCGACGUUGUGGCCAAGGCAGUGGAGAACCUGGACGGGGAGCUCAAGCGCAUAAAGGCUAAGCUGGGCGACGUGGACAUGGCAUUGGCGGCGCAGGACGCCAAGCGCAAAGACGCGGACGAGGUGCAGAAGGAUCUGAGCCACAAGCUCGACGUGCACCGCGACACGAUCGACCAGCGGCAGCGAGACGUUGAUCACGUCAACAUGCUGCUGGCCGAAGAAAAACACAGCCAUACUGUUCGUCUAGGGGAAAAAGCCAAGCUCGAGAUGGACCAGCGCACGGCCGAGGCCAACAUCCGGCGCGAGUCGGAGCGGCAGGCGUCGCUGCAAAAAGAGUUUGAUCGCGUGAAAAAGGUGCUCAAGAAGAAACAGGUGGCGGCCGACACGUCCAAAGGCCUGCUGCCCAACAUGCAAGUGCAAGUGAGUGACGCCGAGCACCAAGUCCGGGCGCUUCAAAGCGACAACAAGAAGAUGGUCGCCGACCAAGCCGACCUCAAGCAAGACGUGGACGUCCUGAUCGCUCGCAUGUUCAAGAUGGACGGCGUCGAAGCGAGGCACGUGGAGGAACUGGAGGCGCUGACGGCGCGCGUGGCCGAACUCGAGGAAGAGCUCAGUCAGUGGAUCGCCGAGGAGGGCAAGCAGCACAAGAUCAUCACGCUGCUGAGUGCGCAGCGCGAGAUGAAGGCGCGCGCGGCGUCGUCGGCGGUGGACCACGAAAAGGAGAUCCACCAACAGCUCAAGAUGAAGGAGCUGGUGAUUUUGGACUUUGCGAAAAAGUGCAAUGAAACCAACAACCGGCUUAAAGAGUUUAGCGCGUUAUAUGAUAUUGUCAAGAACGAGCGCAAUAAGUACGUGAAUCUGAUCCAAGCAAGUUCGCAAGCGCUCGCCGAGAUGAAGGAGAAGAUCAAGAUCUUGCACAACGAAGUGGAGGUGCUGCGGAACGAAAGCUUGGCCAAGGACAAAGCGCUCACGAAGGAGCGACUGGCGCACCAGACGGCGCAGUGUAGCCGCGACAGCCUCCGUCUGGACACGAACAAAUGCCACGAACUGUACCGAGUCAAGCAGGAGCAAGUCGAGCAGCAGAUUGUUCAAAUCGACAAACUCAACUCGAUCAUCAACAUGACCGAGAAGGACAUGCUCCGGUUGAAGAAAAAGUACGAGGUCGCGGUCGAAGCGCGCAAUUCCACGGGCGUGCACUUGAUUGACCGGAACGACGAGCUGUGCAUUCUGUACGAGAAGAGUAACAUCCAGGCGCAGACGCUCACGGACGGUGAGCUCGCGAUCCAGGAGAAGGACCAGAUGAGUCGCAUGUUGACCAUCAAGCUGUUGGACUUGCAGCGCCAGAUUGAAACCACGAGGAACAAGGUGCCGCUCGUGCCGGAAUAUGCGAGUCGGGUGCUGGACAUGCAGAACCAGCUCAAGCAGGAGCAGGUAGUCACGGAUAUGAUGUGUCGGGACCUGGAGACCCCGCAGAAUGCCGACCGGUGGCGGCCGCUGGAAGGCGAUGACCCGGACGAAGAUCAGCUCGGCGCCAAGCUCGCGUUCUUGGACGAACGGUACAAAAUCAAGAAGGAGCAGCUGCUGGAGAAGGAACUCGUACUCGAAGAAGUGACCAACUUGUCGGACAAACUGCGCGCACAGGCGUCGGAAGGGCGCGGCGAUACGCUGCAGCUGGCCAAGAAGGUCAACACGUUCCAGGUCAAGAUCAAGGACACGACGCGCAAGAUGAUGGCGACGGUGUCGGAGCUGAGCAUGUUUCAAGCUACGGCCAUGAAGCUGCAGCAGGAAAAGCACGACCGCCAGCUCGAGUUGGAAGAGUCAAUUUGGAACUUUGAAAAUGGCAACGCACCUAACGCUAAGUGCGAGCAAGAGUGGUACCGCCGUGAAUCCCAUCGACUCGAAAGCCAGCGAAUGGCCAAACAGCACCAGAACAACCACACGGCCCACAUGAUCACGCGCACCACCGCCGACCCCCGACCAAACGCAUACGUACCGGACGAACUCGGCAUUCCCAAACCAUAUGGACAAGCGGCGCCGUUCAAACCUACACUCUCAGGCUCUACCAUGCGACACAUUCGACCGCCGCAACGACGAGACAUUGAGAUUUAACCAAAAGUUAGUACCCAUAUAAAUAUUGUACCUACGUACUGUAGCGUAUUUGGCCA